AUGUCGGCGCCAUAUACACCACAGGACGUGCAAGCCGUAGCGGCUGUUGUGCGUGCUCUAGAUAAUGCUCGGAAGGACAAGAAAAAGAACGGGUUCUCGGUCAAAAAGACCAGUUUCGACGUCAAGGGAUCGGCUGAUGGCCUCCAAGUCGAGUCAUGGCGCUUACAAGAUUGGGACUACAAACGGCCUAAUCUGCCGACCUACGCUCGUGGACUAUUCACCACAAGAACACGAAGAAACGAACCAGAAAUCGCUGUGAGAGGCUAUGAUAAAUUCUUCAACGUCGACGAGGUCCCCGAGACCAAGUGGAACAACAUAUUCACGCGAACACAAGGACCUUACGAACUUACUCUCAAAGAGAACGGUUGUAUCAUCUUUAUUGCUGGACUGGAAGAUGACACCUUGAUUGUUUGCAGCAAGCAUUCGACAGGAGAUCGAGAUGACAUUCAGGUCAGCCACGCAAGUGCUGGAGAGCAACGUCUGGAACAGCAGCUGGCUGCCAUUGGGAAGACAAAGGCAGAUCUUGCCCGAGAGCUUCGCAAGAGAAACGCCACUGCGGUUGCAGAGCUCUGUGAUGACCAAUUCGAAGAGCACAUCUUGGAAUAUGGUCCUGAUAAAGCUGGCCUGUACCUUCAUGGCAUCAACCUCAACUUGCCGCAGUUUGCCACUUACCCAAGUCGGUAUGUCCAAGAGUUUGCUGACGAGUGGGCGUUCAGAAAGACUGGCCUUAUUUUAAUGGAAGAUAUCCGCCAGGUCAAGACCUUUCUCGAAGAAGUAGCCGAAACUGGGGCGCACGAUGGACGAGAUGUUGAGGGCUUUGUCAUUCGUUGCAAGAUGUCACACGAUCCAGCAACGCAGCCGUUCCAGGAUUGGUUCUUCAAGUACAAGUUUGAGGAGCCAUAUCUGAUGUACCGCCAGUGGAGGGAGUGCACCAAAGCUCUUAUUGCUGGUAAGCAGCCGAAGUUCAAGAAACAUACCAAGAUCACGGAAGAGUAUCUUCUUUACGCCCGGAGACGACUUGUUGCAGAUCCAAAGCUUGCAAAGGAGUACAACGGCAAUCACGGCAUUAUUGCUCUACGCAACGACUUCUUGAAUUUUAAGGACCUGAAGGGAGCAGAUGCUGCCAACCUUGAAGAUCUGGACUGCCCGGCCAUGACAGAGGUCACUCGUGAUGUGAUUUUGUGUCCUAUUGCCACCAUUGGUUGUGGCAAGACGACAAUUGCUAUGGGUCUUUCACGGCUUUUUGGCUGGGGCCAUGUUCAGAAUGACAAUAUCUCUGGCAAGGGCCGCCCUCCGCGGUUCACAAAGAUGGUGUUGGAUGAGCUGAAAGAACAUCCUGUUGUGGUUGCAGACAGAAACAAUGCGCAAAGACACGAGCGAAAGCAGAUCAUUACGGAUGCCAAGCUCCAGCACUCUACUGUUAAACUUGUAUGCCUCAAUUUUAAACAUGACGAAGAUGCGAUUGAUGAGAUCCGACGAGUUACCCAGCAACGAAUCAUUGCGCGUGGGGAUAACCACCAGACGAUUCAUGCAGCAAGCGAUAAAGACAAAUUCAUUGGCGUGAUGGAAGGGUUCAUCAACCGAUUUGAACCCUGCAACCCACAUGGGCGACCUGACGAUGGCUUCGAUGCGUUCAUAGACCUUGACCCUACAGCCGGUAGUCGACAAAACCUCGAGGUCGUUGUAACGCAGUUGCACAAGCUGUUCCCAAACCUCGUGAGAGAGAUUCCAUCUUCCGGGGCUUUUGAUGCCGCCAUUGAUUAUGCUCUCGGAUACCAGCCAGAAUUUAGACAUGAUAUACCUGAUCGGGGUAAGAAGAAUAGCCAGCAGCAAAAACAACAAGCGAAGACGCCAAAACAGAGGAAGAUGGAGUACAUGUCCGUUAACAUUCCAACACAAGAUGUUAACAGCGCUCUCGAUAAAGCAUUCAAAGACACACCGUCGUCAACCUCUCGACUGUAUACACAACUCAAGCAAACAAGGCGUGUACAGUCAAAAUUCCAUGUCACCUUGAUUCACAAAGCUGCUAGCGUCAAUCAUCCCGAGCUUUGGGGAAAAUAUACAGCUCUCCACAAGGAGACAGAGGCUGCUGGUAACCCUGAAGGACAGGUCGGCGAAUGUGAUGUAAUGCUUGAAAGGGUCGUAUUCGACGAUCGGAUCAUGGCCAUUGUUGUUCGCCUGGCAGAUCAAGAUGAUCAGUGGCAGUGUGUGAACCGUGUUGCGCACAUUACAGUCGGAACCCGAGAUAAUUCGGUGAAGCCUAAAGAGAGUAAUGAUCUCCUAGCCAGGUGGUUGGAAGUGGGUAGCUCUCCCGAGACCAAGAUUGGCGAGGUUGUGUUUGCGGGGAAGCCGACAGUGAAAGUCCUGAUUGAGUACAAGCACAUCUAA